AUGGGACAUGAAAACAUCACAGAAUUUAUCCUCCUAGGCCUUUUUAGUGAUGAGAAUGCAAAGGCUGCCUGCUUUGUGCUGUUUUCACUUUGCUAUCUUGCAAUUCUCUUGGGAAACUUGCUUAUUCUGCUCACCAUCAGGGGCAGCCACCUCAGUGAGCAGCCCAUGUACUUUUUCCUUAGCUACCUGUCCUUCAUGGAUGUCUGCUUCACCUCCACAGUGGCUCCCAAACUAAUUGCAGACUUACUGGUCCAGUGGAAGACAAUCUCCUACAACAGCUGCAUGGCCCAGAUGUUUCAUGCCCACUUCUUUGGUGCCACUGAGAUCUUCAUCUUGGUGGCCAUGGCUUAUGACCGUUAUGCAGCCAUCUGCAGACCCCUUCAUUAUACGAUCAUCAUGAGCAGACAGGUGUGCUAUGUCCUGGUGAUGGCCUCUGUUAUUGGAGCAUUUAUCCAUUCAAUAAUGCAUGUAUUGAUUAUCAUAGAACUUCCCUUCUGUGGCCCCAAUCAGAUAGACCACUAUUUCUGUGAUGUAUUCCCCUUGCUAAAGCUGGCAUGCACUGACACCAGUCAAUUGAUUACUGCAAUCAUUACCACCACAGGAGUACUCUCUAUUUUGACCUUUGUUGCCUUGGUAAUUUCCUACAUUGUCAUCCUGUCCACCCUGAGGACUCGUUCAUCUGAAGGGCGCCACAAAGCCCUCUCUACCUGUGGCUCACACAUCACCGUGGUGCUCAUGUUCUUCUUGCCCCUCAUCUUCACCUAUGUCCCCACAGCUGAUUCUGUCAGUGAUGACAAGGUGUUUGCCCUGUUUUACACUAUGGUUGCUCCUAUGUUCAACCCCCUCAUCUACACGCUGAGAAACACAGACAUGAAGAAUGCCAUGAGGAAAGUGUGGUGCCGAGUCAAGCUGUGUGAAGGGAAAUGA